CCUCUCCGGCCCCUGGUGCCCUGGCUGGUGGGGGAAGGGACUGCACUUCCCUGUCUCCCCCCUCACACACACAAGGGAGGCACAUGGGGGCUCUCUGUGCAUGUGGGGGGGGGCUCUCCCUGCUGCCUCACCCACUUUGGGGAUGGCUGAGCUGGCAGUGCCCUAGGAUAUAACCCCCACUUAAUUGGGGGGCUGCAUGGGGUUGGAAGGGUGGCGGGUGCACUUGGGGGCAUAAUGGAUGGCUAAUGGGGGGGCUCUAAAGGUAGUGAUGGGUCAGGGAGCAGGUGCCUCAGAGCCAUAGCUUAGUGGUCCUACCUAAGAGUGAGGCCCAUAUCAUUGGCGUGGCGUGACCCCCUGCUGUAUUGUGGCUAAUAAAAGCUCAGAAGCCUGGCUGAGAUACGGGAAGACGAUAAAAAAGGUCCUUGUCCCCCAGGCAGCUGGGACCCACAGCCCAGGGGUGUGUGUGGGUGCCAACAGGCUGUGCAAUGAUAGGGUUUCAUUCUGGGUUCAGCAUGGUUGUGUCUGUGUGAGCACAGUACACUAUAGGCUAGGUGUGUGCACUGCAGUAUAGUGCAUGCAACAUGGCCGUGUGUGUGUGUCUGUGCACACACUGCACUAUGGUCGAGGUGUGUGCACUGCAGGAUAGUGCAGGCAGCAUGGCUGUAUGUGUGUGUCUGUGUGUACACAGUACACUAGGACCAGGUGUGUGCGGUGUGGUAUCAUGCAUGCAGCAGAGCUGUGUCUUGGCAAAGCUUUAUGCCACACACAGUGUGAUAGUGUGUGUGCGUGCAGUGCGACUGUGUGUUUAUGCUGCAUACAGUGUGUGCAAUGUGUGUGUGGUGGUGUGUGUUUAUCCCAGAGGUGACUGAGAGGCAACUGACAUUUGGCAACACUGUAUUUUGAUUGAUGGUUUGCAACCUGGCUGGUGUGUAUGUGAGAGACAUGCAGUUAGUAGGAGGUGCUGUGCAAACAAACAGCCAGCUGGAAAAGAGGGACUGUCCCCCCAAACGCCUUUCGUUCAGUCCUCCCGACUCAGCUCACUCACUGGUUGCUUCUAUUCGUCUUCUAACUAACCAUGAACAAAAAGCCGCCUAAAAAUAACACCGCAAGAAACCCCAACCCUCAAUUUAAAGCGUGGUAAAUUGCACAUACAAAAGCUUGUCUUAAAAGAUUAAUAAUAAUCUUGUCUUACUACAGAGCAAUUACACAAAGGGAUCCCUUGCCUGGUGCUGAAAUGCAGCCACUUCUGGGGAGGUGCUGUUUAUGCAGGGAUUUACAACACAGAUCUAAACCCAUUCCCACUGGAUCCCAGAUACGGAUGCCACCACAGCACCUUCCUCACGAGGCCCCUUAUCCCUCCCCCCAAUUGCUAAUCCAACAAGAGCCGUUCCCUAGAUUUCAGCUCCGCACAUAGUGCGGCUCGAAUUCCCGAGAUGUGAGCCCUUGUCUAAAUUAAUCUCUCAGCCUGAGUCAUUGUGGCCGGAUUCCUGGUUCCUUCAUCUCUCUCCAAACAUUCCUUUGCUCUGGAUCUAACCCAAUCCCCUGUUGUCAUGUUUAACCCUCAGAUACCUUUAACAGGGGGAUAGAGCCUGGGAACUUGCUUUCCACCUAGGAUCACCCCCCUCUUUACAGCCCCCCAACCAAAGAGCAGACAGCCCCCUGCCUCUCCUUACCCUCCAAGCGAUGUUACUAUGCAAAAGGCCACUUAUAAAUUCCAUCCCAGUCCUUUAACAGCCAAAGGGCUCAGAAUAGCUCAGCGAGCCUCAGCUGCAGGGGCUACUCCUUAGGGCUUUGUGCAAGGUCAGAAGAACUUGGGGCUGGGUUCCAGGACACCUGGGUUCUGUCCCCAGCUCUGGGUGGAGAGAAGGGUCCAGUGGGGUAGAGCAGGGGGGGUUGGGGAGCCAGGACUCCUGCGUUCUAUUUCCCCACUCUGUGAUCAUGGGCUAAUCUCUCUGCUGCAGGUUUUCCUGCUGGGAUGUUGUGAAGUUGCACAUGCUUUGUGUUUGUAGCGUCAAAGUGGGAGGCUGUAAUUUAGAGGGGGAAGCCCCAUGUCUCAUUUCCCCCAUCCCCGAGCCAGCCAGUCUCCCCAACCCAGAGCCAAAUCGUAGUCUGUGCUCCCUGGAGGGGAAAGGCCCCGUGUCCCAUACUUCUACACUCCCAGGGGCAAAGCAGGCCCUGUCUCUGACCCGGGCCAAAGCAGGAAGCCAUGAUGGAGGAAACAUUUUGCAACUUUACCCGAAAUUCUCUAGCUGUUUUGUUUUGCAACAGACUCUCCCUCCCCCAGUGUUCACAGCAUUAGGGUGAAGGGGACAGAGACACCCAACCCUGGACGGCUCCCUUGGCUGAUCUCUGCAACUACCCCUCUGGGGCAGCGCUGACCCCAGUGAGCCUCAGUGGCAGGUUCUCACCAGGGAUCCCUGAUCUUAGGGGGCCGCUGAUACAUUGCCCCUGAGCCGGCAGCACCUGUCUGCGGUGGGACCCCAGGCUGGAAGAGGGGGAGCUGGCCAGCACGGGGGGAGCAGAGAUGAGCGAGACGCUGGACCUGGACAAGGGCUGUACGGUUGAGGAGCUGCUACAGGGCUGCAUUGAGGCCUUUGAUGAUGAGGGGAAGGUGCGGGACCCCCAGCUGGUGCGAAUGUUCCUGAUGAUGCAUCCCUGGUAUAUCCCCUCCUCCCACCUGGCCGCCAAGCUGCUGCACAUCUACCAAGAGUCUCGUAGCUCAGAAAGCAGCUCCCUGCAGGUGAAAACCUGCCACCUGGUGAGGUACUGGAUCUCGGCAUUCCCAGCAGAGUUUGAUUUGAACCCGGAGCUAGCAGAGCAGAUCAAGGAGCUAAAAGAGGUUCUGGGCCGUGAGGGGAACCGGCGCCACAGCAACCUCAUCGACAUUGAGAAUGUCCCUACUUACAAGUGGAAGCGCCAAGUGACCCAGCGCAACCCAGUGGCCCCGAAGAAACGCAAGAUGUCGCUGCUCUUUGACCACCUGGAGUCCUCUGAGCUGGCGGAGCAUCUCACCUACCUGGAGUACCGCUCCUUCUGCAAGAUCCUGUUCCAGGACUAUCACAGCUUUGUCAUGCACGGCUGCACUGUGGACAACCCCAUCCUGGAGCGGUUCAUCACCCUUUUCAACAGCGUCUCACAGUGGGUGCAGCUCAUGGUGCUGAGCAAGCCAACCGCCCAGCAGCGGGCACAGGUCAUCACCCGCUUCAUCCUGGUGGCACAGAGGCUCCUGCAGCUGCAGAAUUUCAACACGCUGAUGGCCGUGGUGGGGGGGCUGAGUCACAGUUCCAUCUCCCGCCUCAAAGAGACCCACAGCCAUGUCAGCUCCGAGACCACAAAGCUGUGGGAGUCCAUGACGGAGCUGGUGACCUCGUUGGGGAACUACAGCCGCUACCGGCGCCGCCUGGCCGAGUGUGUCGGCUUCCGCUUCCCCAUCCUGGGCGUGCACCUCAAGGAUCUGGUGGCCGUGCACGUGGCACUGCCCGACUGGCUGGACCGGGCCCACACCCUCGUCAACGGCACCAAGAUGCAGCAGCUCUUCGGGAUCCUCAACGAGCUGGUGCUGGUGCAGAGCAUCAAACCACCCUUCGAGGCCAACAUGGACCUCAUCAAUCUGCUCACGGUGUCACUGGAUCAGUACCAGACGGAGGAGGAGAUCUACCAGCUGUCGCUGCAGAGAGAGCCCCGUGGCAAGUCGGCCCCGUCCAGCCCCACCUCCUGUUCCCCCCCAAGCCGACCGGCUGACAUAGAUGAGUGGGCCUUGGCUGUGAAACCCAAACCGGACCAGACGCUGGUGCAGACACACAUUGAGAAGAUGGUGGAGUCCGUGUUCCGGAAUUUCGACGUGGACGGAGACGGCCACAUCUCGCAGGAGGAGUUCAAAAUCAUCCGCAACAACUUCCCCUACCUGUGCAAAUUUGGGGACCUGGAUGAGAACCAGGAUGGCUGCAUCAGUAGGGAGGAGAUGAUCUCGUACUUCAUGAAGUCCAGCACUGUGGUGGACGGGAAGAUGGGCUUCAUCCACAGCUUCCAGGAGACCACCUUCCUGCACCCUGUGUCCUGCCGUCACUGCAAGAGUCUGAUACUGGGAAUCUACAAACAGGGGUUCAAGUGCCGCUGCUGCGGUGUGAACUGCCACAGACAGUGCCGGGAACAUCUCUCCCUGGAGUGCCGCAAACGGACCAAGAGUUUCAGCCUGGCCAGCCCUGCCCACAUCCCUGCCCGCUCCUUCAGCUUCUCACUGCCCCGCCCGGCCUGCAGAUCCUCACGCCACACAGAGAUCCGGGAGGAGGAGGUCCAGGAUGUGGAGGACGGGGUUUUCGACAUCCAUUUAUAAAGACAAACACGUUUGCUCUUCCUCCCACUCCUCCCAAGCUGGGAUCUCUUGUCCCACAAAUCUGCCAGCUGACUUCCCGGCUCCCCCACUGUGGAGUGACACAGAGAAGAGGCAAAGGGAGAAAGCAUGGGCCAAGGGGGAGAGACAGCCCUUCCAGUGGGUGCAGAAGCUGCUUUGGGGGCAAUUGGAUGGAUCUUUUCCUGGUUGAGGGUGCGGGGAGGUGGCUGCAUGUCAGGGCUCCUGGGUUCUAUUAAUGGGGGAUGAAGACAUGAGUUAACGUGGGGAGGGGAUUGUGAAAUUAGUAAGAUCUCACCUGACAUCCCCCAAACACAUCCUCCAGCAUCAGGUUCCAGUGUGGGGCCAUGGGGAGGGGGUGGGGGGACUUCCCCUACUCUAGUAGGAGCUGCCUGGGGUAUCCUGCCUGCCCUGCAGGAAGAGGAGGUUGCCUGGAGGCUGAUGCAUGUGGCCGAUGAUGGACGGGGAGUGCAGGGGGUUGGUGUGGGAGCAGGAGGAUGGGGCGUGGAUCGCAGUCAGGACACCCCCCUACCCCUGUGAUCCCGGCUGUACAGAUUCCUUGCUGUGUAUAUUUGUACCUAACAACAGGUUCAGAGAUGUAAUAAAUAUAAUAAAA